CUUCAUUCAUCUGUGUAUAUGAUGUAUCUUCUCUCAUGAACCUGUUUUUGCGUGCCUGUUUCAGUUUUAGCCCUCCAUCUGUUUGAGGCUGCUUUGAGCCACCAAAAUAAAAAAAGCCUCUAUUUGUUUCCAAUUAUGGUGCAAUCAAAGAAGUUUAGAGGUGUCAGACAGCGACACCGGGGCUCCUGGGUGUCUGAAAUUCGCCACCCUUUACUAAAGAGAAGGUUGUGGCUAGGUACAUUUAAAACAGCUGAAGAGGCAGCCCGAGCUUAUGAUCAAGCAGCCAUCUUAAUGAGUGGCAGGAAUGCAAAAACGAACUUCCCCAUAUCACAAAUACCAAGUGGAGACCCAAAAGGCACUGAAAAUUCCCUUUCAACACCACCAAAUGAGCUAUCUGAACUCCUCCAUGCCAAGCUUAGAAAAUGUAGCAAGGCACCUUCUCCUUCCAUGACUUGUCUGAGGCUUGACAUCGAGAAUUCUCAUAUAGGAGUGUGGCAAAAGCAAGCGGGCCAGAGCUCAGAUUCCAAUUGGGUCAUGACAGUCCAGCUUGGAAAAGGAAACGCUGAAGUUUCUGCCAAUACAUUACCUUCCAACAAGACCCCAGUGUUAGCUGGGCCUGAACUGAGAAGAGAGAUGGAUGAAGAGAGAAUUGCACUGCAAAUGAUAGAGGAGCUACUUCAUGGUGUGCAAGAUGGGGAGGGUAAUUUGUUCCUGUAGUCUUUAAUUUUCUUGUGCUGUGUAUUUGCUUUGAUU